AUGAGUGAAGACGACGACACUAGUGUCGUAUUCCAAGAAAAAUGCAAUGAAUUUCCUCCUCUUCUUCGUUCGUCUUCAGCCACAAUUCGUGAACCUCAAAGUAACAGUAAAAGAGCGACUUUACCUUAUGUUCGAUCGGAUAAUGAGACACAGAUUCAUACACCCACGUCCUUGAGCUAUACGAGUUCUGGACGUGUUGCUAGUGAACGUGUAGGUGGUCGUCGACGGGCUGAAACGGACAACCACAUGCGCUCGUCUCUCCCGCCGAUACUUUCAAGCAACAUUGUCUUGGAUCGUCGAUUGUUGCACAAGUACGAACAAGUGAAUCAGGAGAUUGAACGCAUUGUUCGGGCCUCUCAAGUGGAUCAAGGACAAGGAUUAUCCGAUACAGACGCUCGAAGUGCAAGACAAGUGAAGAAUGAAUUGCGUCAAGCAAAAAAGAGCUCGGCACAGAUGAUUCAUGCCCAGAAAGAGCUCCUGGACAAGAUUGAAAAGCAGGAACGAGGUGGAUUUCGUCGAGUUUUUACGCUAAACAAGGCAGCCAAAAUGGCCAAAUUACGGACCAAAUUAUGUGCAAAGUUGAGUGAGUCGGUGCUUGUGGAUGAAGAGCUACAGAGACUUGAGAGACAGAGCACGGCUUUGUCUGCUACAGCAUUGGGCACGAUCAUGCAGAAUGGCAAAGCUGUGGUAAAUGUAAGUAAUGUUCAUGGAGUUGGAGGGAACAAUUAUGCAGGGACAAACAAUGCUGGAAAUACAAGCAGCAGUGUCUCGAGAAUGAGUGUGACAGGGGUGAGCAAUGUGGAUGAAAUACGUGAUGUGAGUGGCUGUGAAAGCAGUGGACCUGGACCAGCAAUAAUGAUGAGUUCAGGAUGGGAAGAUGCUCAGGAAGAAUUGCUGAUGCUUGAGAGAGAGAAGGAGGAUAUUCUUACUAAUUUGUUCCAGACGGUGGAUAUGCCGGCUGUGCUGGAUUUACACGCACGUAUUGCGAGUUUUACCAGUGAGAUUAAAGCAGUAGCAAGUGUGAAGAAACAGGCUGAUCGUGUUGAGGAGAUGUACCGUAAGGCACUGCAUCUGCUACGUGUGGCGCUAGCUGCAGUUGUAUCACCGAAUUACUCUGGUAGUAUCCGUGAGUUUGCUGUGAGUUCAUAUCCUCUGGCAGUCGAGGCGGGUCAUCUCAUUGAGCAAGGUUGCCACGUAAUUCAACCGGAGGCACGUCGCAAAUACGAGUCGUUUGCGCUAGAGCUGACUCACGUGAGACCACCCAAGUUCCCUCAGCCCGUGUCAGAUUUUGCUCGGCGCUCACGAACACAUUACGACCCGCAUAGUGCGCUCUCGAUUGAAGGGAUGCGUAACUUACACGCAGCUGAGAAUGUGCUCAUUUUGUUACAGCGGCUGGUGAUUCAGAAGCUGGAGGGUAUUGAAAAGUGGCAGGCCAAGCUCAUUAAGGACCAAGAGGCUGCUGAACGCGCCCAUGCGCAGAUGGAGACAAAGCUGCAGGAGCAGGUAGCGGUACUAGCACGUUCGGUCUCGGUGUAA